AUGCGAUCAGGAUCGGGUAGCAAGCAGGGAUCGAGUCUGUCAGGUGCCAAGCAUGGAUCGAAUACUGCGCCGAAGGGUGAUGCGGGACACCAUCGUGGUGACGAUGGUUUGUGUCAAGCUGUUCAGCAUCGCAGGUACUACCAGUAUCAUCCGAGGGCGCACUAUCGGAUCGUGUUCAAGGAGGUGUGCACCGCGCUGCAUCAAGAAAUCUCGUUGUGCCCAGUGUUCGACUACCUCUCUCAGACGGCUUUAGUGCUGCGAUUUUUGCAUGAAGCCGGUUGGGUGCAUCGGGAUCUGAGCACGGGCAAUAUUCUCGUGUUGAAUGGAAAUAUUAGAUUGGCUGAUUUUGAGUACGCCAAGCGGCUCGAUGAGUCCAGUUCCUCUCAUGACAUUCGGACAGGCACGGCUGACUUCAUGUCCGUUGAGGUAGACGACCAGGAUUAUUUCUUUUUAACCCAAGAAUUGAAUGACGCUCAAAUCAAGACCGACGAUCUCUUGGAUGAUCUCUCGGAUGAUGACACCCCGCAGGCUCCAUCGGAACCAGUGGAAGUCGUGUUUCGAUACAACCCUCUUCACGAUUUCGAGUCACUAUGGUGGAUAUCAGUUUACUUUUUGUUCAACAAGAGAAUUGCAGCUGUCGAUCAAGCUCCUCCACCACCUCAUGAUCACAGUCAACAGAGAGCCUUUGCCUCUGACAUCUUCUAUUCGCUGCGCGGAAGGCAGGUUGCUUUGACGAAUCACCAUACGUUUCAAAAGGCAGUGAGGUCCCUUUCUCCUGUCCUGGCCAAGUUUGGCAAAUCCGUCAACGUGCUUAGGACAAGAGUCGUGGAUCGCUACGAAAAUAUCGAGAAGAAUCCACGGACCAUACCUAGCAGCACGGCUGCAGGGGAGGUUCCCAUAGAUUUUAUCAAGAUUCUCGGCAAACUUGGACAGCGUCGUGUGCAAUGCCUCAUCGGCCCUCUUCCCGACCGCGAUGAGGGGGUCAAGGCACCGACUACAGCAGGUGAAGCGGUUACGAAUUCGACCAAAAGUCAAUCGCCCAAGCCCACCGAUGAUGAUCCCAAAGUACGGGGUAUUCGACCGGGCGGAAUACGAAAAUACGAAGGAAGGACAGAACCGAUUCUACACCCACUUCAAGAUCCUCCCGCUGGGCAUCAGACUUUCGGUGCGAGGAAUUUGAGAGCAGAAGGGUUCAAGCAUCCGAUGCAGACCCGAUCUAAGGCUAAACAAUCUGCUGCCGAGGCACAAAGGCAAUAA